AUGCCCCCCGGCGCCUCUGCUGCGGUCUCCGACACGCGAGAGGCCAGGCUCAGCAAGCUCAAGCUGGCCAGGAGCCGCCAGGGCGCCAACCAGCGGCUGAGGGAGGGCCUGCACGAGGCGCGGCAGCAGCUGGAGGCGGUGCACGCGCAGCUGGCGGCCCUGCAGGGCCUGCAGCAGCGGCUGGAGGAGGGCACACCCGGGGCGGAAGAGCUGGCGGCGGCGGCGGUGGAGCAGGAGCGGGCGGCGCAGGCGGCCCGCGACGCUCAUGUGCUGCACCUGCUGCGCUCCAAGGAUGAGGUGAUAGAGAGCUUCGAGGCGCGGUACGCCGAGAGCCGUGCGGAAGCCGCGCAGUACCACGACCAGCUGGCAGACGCGCGGCAGCAGCUGGACGGCAGCCAGGUGCGGGUGCGGGAGCUGCUGGAGGCGCAGGCCAGGCAGCGGCAGGCGGCGGAGGUGGCGGCGGCGGCGGCGGCGGACGCCGAGGCGGCGCUGAGGGCGGAGGCGGCGCACCUUCAGGCGGAGGCGGCGCAUGCCGCGCCGCUGCGUCAGCGUGUGCAGGCGCUUGAGGGGCAGCUGGAGGGUACGAGGGAGGAGCUGGGGGCCGCCCGCCGCCAGCUGCACACCCUGUCGGACAUGGUGGAUGCAGCCAACGACGCCAUUCUGGAGGUGCAAGCGCUGCUGGGGAAUCGGGAUCGGGAGGUGGAGCGCAAAGAUGAGGAACUGGGGGCCUUGCACCGCCACCUGGCGCAGCUGCUGGGCCUGCCCCGGCGGGACGCCGCCGUGCAGCACCAAGUGCGCAUCGGCGGCGGCGGCGGCGGCGGCGGCGCGGCCACGGAGCCGGCGGCCGCGGCCAGGAUAGCGGCGCUGGAGGCCGCCAACGAGCGGCUGGAGCAGGCACUGGUGGAGGCCACUCGCCGGGGCGGCGGCGGCGGCGGCGGCGGCGGCGGCGAGCCCUGGGCUGCCGCCGGCGCCGGCCGCGGUGGUGGGGCUGGUGGUGGGAGUGAGGAGGGGGAGGAGGAGGAGGUGACUGUGGGGCAGCUGACCGCCCAGCUGGCGCUGGCCGCAGGCAGGGAGCAGGCUGCCGAGGAGCGUGUGCAGCAGCUGGAGAGGCUGCUCAAGGUGGCAGAGGCCACGGUACUGCACAACGAGGUGCAGCUGCAGGAGAGCUUGGAGGGCCGCUUGCGGGCUGAGGAGCAGGUGCAUGGCCUGAGGCUGGAGCUGGAGGACGGACAGGCCCUGCUGGCACAACUGAGUGCCCAGCUUGGUGAGCUGGCAGCUGCGGAGGCGGCGGCGCGGGAGGAGGCGGCCGCGGUGCGGGGCGCGCUGCGGGCAGCAGUGGCCGAGCUGGAGCGGCAGGCUGCGGGCAGCGAGGGGCUUCAGCCUGUGGCGGCCAGCCAGCAGGAACUGGCUGAGGGGGGGCAGCCUGUGCAGCAGCAGGACGGCGGCACCGGCGCCGGAGACAACCGCAGCGUCAGUGCGGCAGGCGGCAGCCUUGGCAGGCGGCAGGCCCCAGGGGGCGGCCAUCAAGAGGCAGCGGCAGGUGUGGGCGUGCUCGUGCGGCGCAUCCGCGCUCUGGAGCAGCAAGUGGAGCAGCAGCAGGCGGCGGCACGGGAGGCGGCGGCGGCGGCGGCGGCUGUGCAGCAGCAGCAGCAGGCCGCUGCUGCUGCCGCUCCGGCUGUGCAGGCUGCCGGGGUGCAGUGCGAUUCCCCCAGCAAGCGCAGCGCUGCGGUGCAGACCCCACCAGAGGCAGAGCCGGCUGGCGGCGAGUGCGCGGCAGCCGGCGGCGACGGCGCGGAUGGCGCGGCGAGUGGCACUGGGGCGUGCUACGGCCAGCCCAGCCCCCGGCACCAGCAGGUGGCGCAGCUGACGGCCCAGCUGGCGGCUGCCAGGCUGGCGGAAGUGGGGGCCAAGGCAGAGCUUGCUGCGGUGGAGGCUCGCCUGCAGGAGGCGCAGCAGCAGCUGGAGCAGCAGGAGCAGCAGCAGCAGCAACGUGCAAGCUGCGGCGAGCCUGCCGGUGCUGCCGAGGCGCCCGUGCACGGCGAAGAGUGUGCGUGCCCGGCGGCAGAGCAGCUGCGAGCUGAGCGCAGGCAGCUGCAGGAGGAGUUGCGGCGCCUGGGCGGCUGCGUGGCGGCGGCAGAGGCGGCGGCAGAGGCGCGGCUGGCGCGCGCGGGCGCAGCGGCGCAGGCGCGGCAGCAGGCUUUGCGGGAUAAGGUGGCGGCGCUGGAGCCGGGCAGGACCGAAGCCAGCGAGCUGCGCAGCAGCGCCUAUGCCGCCGUGCACCGGCUGCAGCGGGCGCUGCGAGAGCACGGGCGCGGCGACGCCGCCGCCGCGCCCGCCGACGGCGGCGAGCGCGAGGCGGCGGCGGCGCCGCUGCCGGGGCAGCUGAGGCGGGCCGUGGACGGGUUGCUCGUGCUGCUGCAGGAGCAUGGGCAGCUGGUGGCCGCUUUCCAGCUCCACCUCCUGCACCAGCAGCAGCAGCAGGGGCAGCAGCAGGGGCAGCAGGGGCAGCCGGCGGCAGGGCCUGCAGGCGCCACGUCAGCGGCCGCCACGUCAGCGGCAGCAGCAGCGGUAGCCGCGGCCGCGGCCAGUGCCGGCGGCGGCGGUGGCGGCGGCGGCGGCGGCCUGUCUCUGGAGGCCUCCCAGAGGGCGGUGAUCCGCUCGCUGGCGGCGCAGGUGGUGCAGCUGCUGCAGCGCAGGCCGGAGCGCGGGGCUGCCGCCGUGGCACGGCGGCACCCUCGGGAGCAUGUGGGAGGCGCGCCACGGCCCUCCCCGGCGGCGCCGUGCCGCGACAGGGAGGCUGCCGCAGCAGGAGAGGCAGGCACCCCCACCUCGGCAGCUUCGCUGCCGCCCGCGGCGGCAUGGGAAGCAGGCAGCCCGGCCAGCGGCGGCGGCCAGGGGCCGGCGGGCUGGCGGCACCAGGCCAGCGGCGCGGCGGCGGAUGCCUCUCAGUUGUUGGGCCUGUUUGGCCUGCUCAGCCAGCAGCUGGCCGGGCUGGCAGCCGUGCAGCAGCAGCUGGAAUCCGCUGUCGGCGGCGGCACGCCUGGCAGCCCCGCAGCUGGCGGCGCCGGCGGCUCUCCAGAGGCCCUGCCAGAGGCGGCGCACGCGGCGGCGGUGCUGGGUGCGGAGCUGCCCGCGCUCCAGGCCACCGCUGCGGUGAUGGAGGCUGAAGUGCGGCGCGUGGCGGCGGCGGCGGCGACGGCGGCCACAGGCGCCGCGCCGGGGCUGGUGGGGCCUGCCGGCGUGCAGCCGCCGGCGGCAGGUGCGCCGGCCGCAGCGGCUGCGGCUGACGCCGCCCGGCGCAAGCAGAAGUGGAAAGCGCGGUGCAAGGAGGCGCAGGCGCAGCUGGCGGGCGCCACGUCAGCGGCGCAGCAGGCGGAGGCCGGCCUACGGGCGCAGCUGGCCGCUGCCGAGCGCGGCGCGGCGCAGCAGGCGGCGCAGCAGGCGGGCGCGGUGCAGGCGCUGCAGGCGCGGGUGGAGGAGCUGGCGACAGCUGGCGCCGCGCUGCAGGCAUCCCUGCACGGCACCGCGCACCAGCUGGCAGAGGCUGGCGCUGCGGCCGAGGGGCUGCAGGCGCAGCUGGAGGGCCAGCGGCGGCAGCACCAGGCUGAGCUGGCGGAGGCUGGCGCCCGCCUGGCAGCCGCCCAGGCUGAGCUGGAGGGGGAGCGGCGGCGCCACGCCGGCCUGGCCGCCGGGCUGCAGGAGAUGGCGGCGGGGCUGCAGAGCAGCGGGGACGCCGAGGGGCAGCUGCGGUACCGCCUGGCGGAGCUGGCCGAGCGGGUGGCGGUCCUGACCGCCGCACAGGAGGCAGCCCAGGCACAGGCGGAGCAGCAGCAGGCGGCGCUGUGCGAGGCGGCGGCGGAGGCGGAGGCGGCCCGCGCGGCACACGCCCGCCUGGCGGCAGACAGCCGGCGGCGGGAGGCUGAGCUGGCGGGGCGCCUGACGGCCAUGCAGCGGGAGUGCGGCGCGCUGCUGGAGACGGCGGCGCGAGCGGAGGAGCAGCACGGAGAGGUGGAGCAGCGGCUGCAGGCGCAGGUGGCGCUGCUGGGUGCCAGGCUGGACCAGCUUGGCGACGACGAGGCUGCGCGCUUUCCUCCCCUGGACGCAUCCCUUGGCAAGCUGCAGGCCUCUGCCGAGGGGCUGGAGGUCCGGCUGCUGCGGCUGGAGGCGGCGGCGGCGGUGGCGGCGCAGGACCGGCAGGCGGCGGCGGCGGCGCGGUGGGCGGCGCUGGUUCGGGGCCGGCGGUACCGCUCUGCGGUACAGCAGCUGCGGGACGGGCUCCAGGCGCAGCUCCUGGACGCGCAGGCGGCCUGCCAGCAGCAGCAGGCGCAGCUGCGGCAGCUGCGGGGCCAGCUGGAAGCUGCCCGAGACGAGUGCUCGGGCCAGCGCUCCCAGCUGCAGGCAGCCCUGCUGCAGCACCAGCGCGAGAUGCAGGCGGCGCAGCAGGAGCGGCAGCAGGAGGUGGCUGAGGUGGCGCAGCAGGCGCAGCAGGAGGUGGCGGCGGCGCGGCACGCGGGCGAGGCGGCGGCUGCGGCGGCGGCGGCCGAGGCCGAGCAGCGCUGCAGUGUGGAGAUGGCGGCGAGAGCAUGCCAGGCGGAGCAGCGGGCGGCGGCGGAGGCGGCGGCGGCCGAGGCGCAGUACGGGGCGGUACAGGCAGAGGUGGAAAGCGUGAGGGAGGAGUUCCGGCGGUACCGUGCCAUGAAGGCGGUGGAGGUGCAGCUGCUGGAGCAGCGGGUACUGCAGCAGCUGCACGGCGGCUCCAACGCUGCCAGCAGCAGCAAGGCGGCGGCUGGCAAGCCGGGGGCCCAGCCUGCCGGGCGCCCCGCCCCGCGCCAGCAGCCGCUGGAUGGCAGCAGCAGCCCUGGCGGUGCCACUGUUACAGCUGCUGAGGAGCUGCAGGCGGCAUGCCGGCAGGAGGGCAUCGCCGCUGCGCUGCGCGAGGCGCGGCUGGAGCGGCUGCACCGGGAGCAGGUGGAAAGCGAGCUGGCGGCGGCCGCGGCAGCCGCCGAGCAGCUGGGCGCGCGGGCGAGGGCCGCGGAGCGGCAGCUGGCCGCCGCCGGCAGCCGCCAGGCGGGCGAGUGCGGGCAGCUGCGGGAGCGCUGCGAGCGGCUGGCUGCUGAGCUGGCAGACUGCCAGCAGGCGCUGCGCCUGGCCAAGGCCGAGGGCGGGCGGCGGCUGAAGGAGCUGCAAGCGCUGCAGCGCGCGGCGGCGGCGGCCGCGGACGAGAACGGCGGCGCCAACGGCGGCGGCGCGGCGGCGGCGGCGGCGCAGCUGGAGGCUGAGCAGCGGGCGCGGGCGGCGGCAGAUGCGCAGCUGCGGGAGGCGCGCCAGUCCCUGGCCCGCAAGGCCGGGCUAGUCCAGGAGCUGCGGGCAAAGGUGGAGGGCUUGCAGCAGGCGGCUGCCGAGCUGGACCCCGCCCCGCUGGCGGCUGAGCUGGCGGCGUGCCAGGGGCGCCUGCGCGCCGCACAGGCCGCGUGCGCCAGCAGGGAGGCUGCGGUGCGGGAGCUGCGCCAGCGCCUGGACCAGCAGGCCAGGCAGGCGCACCAGCAGGGCGUGGCGGAGGGGCGGGAGCAGCAGGAGGUGGUUGCCGGGCAGCUGCGCCGCCAGCUGGCGGAGCGGGAGGACCAGGUGGCGCAGCUCCACCAGCGGCUGCAGCAGGCGCACGGCCAGCUGGAGGCUGCAUCCGCCGAGCUGCACGCCGCCGCCGCCGGCCGCGAGGCGGAGGGCGAGGGCGCCACCGCCCGGCUGGCAGCCGCCUGCGGCUGCUUGCGCCAGCUGGCCGCCGCGGCGCGCCAGCUGCUGGCCUGCCUGGCCCGGCUGGGCGGGCUGGCUGCUGCGGUGGGCGAGCAGGGCUGGGCCGCGCGGCCUGCCGACCCUCAGGCCGAGGCACUGGCAGCCGCCGCUGGCGACAUCGCCCAGCUGGUGGGUCUGGCCCCAGACGACGUGCGCUGCGUGCUGCUGCCUGGGCACAGCCCCCAGCCGGCGCCAGCAGCCGGCGGCGCGGCGGCCGCCAUCGACGCCGCGGCGCGGCACGCCGAGGAGGCGCUGCAGCAGCUGGAAGCGGUGUGGGGCGCAGGGGACUGGCAAGCCAGCCAGGCCGGCUGCGCCGCGCUGCUGGGCACUGUUGCAGCGCUGGUCGAGCACUCCGCCAGGGCUCACUCGACGCUGGCAUCCCUGUCGAGCCAGGCCAGCCAGGGGCCCGCGCCCGCCAGCUCCGCUUUCGGCGACCUGGAGCAGCAGCUGGCGGCUGCCGCGGCGGAAGUGGCGGCGCUCGAGGCGCGGAUGGGGUGA